AUCGCAGGACGGUGAUAAGUUACACAGCUACUCAUGGGCGACCUAGUAGGUUUUGAAUUAUAUCUCUUUAACACAAUGUGUCGUUGUAACUUUUGUACGGAGCUUCAAAGUGACAAACACCUGCAUCAAAGAGGCUGUAAGAGUGUAUAGGCUGUGUGGGAAUGGGUUCCAUCCCCUUCUGGUCCAAAUGGAGAAUAAAGGGAGCGACGAGGUGGAAAAAUUGAAGACAAAAUUCUUGUCAGUGUGGCACAAUGUGAAGUACAGUUGGGCUCUGAAAUCAAAGACCUCAUUCAGUAGAAACUCCCCAGUGCUUCUCCUUGGAAAAUGCUACCAUUUUAAAGCUGAAGAUGAUGAUGGUCCUGUAGAAGCCUGCUAUGAGCUCUCUGAUGGAGACUUCGUCAUGGGGAAUGUGGAGGCUUUCCGUAAGGAUUUUGCGUCCCGGCUGUGGCUCACCUACAGAGAGGAGUUUCCUCCCCUGCCUGGCUCCACCCUGACCUCCGACUGCGGCUGGGGCUGCAUGCUGAGAGCCGGUCAGAUGAUGCUGGCUCAGGCACUUAUUCUGCACCUCUUGGGCAGGGAUUGGACCUGGUCCAAGGCGCUGGCGCUCCAGCCUUUAGACACAGAGACGUGGACUACCACUGCAGCCAAGCGUCUGGUUGCCUCUUUGGAGGCUUCUCUGCAAGGUUCCCCUGGGCCCUCCGAUCACGGGUCACCACCCGUGCACCAAGCCCAGGCCCCGGGCUCUGCAGAGGAGGCAGAUGCACAUUUGAAAGAGAUGUACCACCGCACUCUGGUAUCCUGGUUUGGGGACAGCCCCGCGGCGCAGUUAGGCCUCCACAGGCUGGUCCGCUUGGGCCUGACAAUGGGGAAGCAAGCAGGGGACUGGUAUGGGCCUGCUGUGGUGGCACACAUCCUCAAGAAAGCUGUCGAGGAGGCGAUGGACCCUGGCUUGGCGGGUAUAACUGCUUACGUCUCCCAGGACUGCACAGUGUACAGUGCUGAUGUCAUCGAUAGCCACAGGGCACCAAGAGGAGGGCAGACCUCUCCUGAGAGGUCAGCCGCCCCUCCCUCCCCACAGAACCACCAACCAGUGUCUGCCUCUACCCUGUCAGACAGCCGAGCUGUCAUCAUCCUCAUCCCUGUGCGGCUGGGAGGCGAGAAGACAAAUCCUGACUAUUUUAACUUUGCAAAGAGCAUACUGAGUCUGGAGUACUGCAUAGGCAUCAUCGGAGGGAAGCCCAAACAGGCCUGCUACUUCGUAGGAUUUCAAGAUGACAGCUUGAUUUACAUGGACCCUCAUUACUGUCAGUCUUUUGUGGAUGUCAGCACCAGCGAUUUCCCUCUCCAGUCAUAUCAUUGCCCCUCACCAAAGAAGAUGCCUUUCAGCAAGAUGGACCCAAGCUGCACCAUAGGCUUCUACUCUAGAAAUGUUCAAGACUAUGAGAAAAUCAGACAAGAGCUGUCUAAGGUGCUGCAGCCGUCAGCGAAGGAGAAAUACCCCGCGUUCACCUUCGUGCAAGGUCACGGCAGAGAUUACGACCUGUCGGCCGGCCUGACCCCGGAGAAGAGAGAAUGGCCUUUCAUCCGUGACCCACAGAGGACGGUCACCACCGCCGGGGACUUUGUGCUUCUUUGACAGCGCUGCUAAAAGAUGACUGACAGGGAACUACUUUUUUCAAUGAAUCCAACUUCUUGAUAGCCAAAGCCUCGUGUUGGAGCCUGCUGUGACACUGACAGUAAACUACAGUAAAUCAGUUUAGGUUUAGUUUAUGGGCUUGAGACAUGGUAGGGAUUAUGUCAACACCAAAUUUUGGGAGAUUUGGUUUAGGAAUUUUUUUUUUUUCACCUUACAUCUUAUUGAAGAAGUCUCGAAGGAUUGAUCGUAAGGUCCAGUUCAGCACUCCAAUGUGGACAUGCUUUCAGGGCCAACAGCGUCAUAGAGCAGUAGAACUAUGACUACAUUCAGUGUUGGCCCACUUUCCAAUCUUUUCACAGGGCUACACCUACAGUGUUUAGACAGUAUUUAGAGUUUUCUGCAUGUGGUUAACAUCGGGUCACGAGGAUCGUUGUAUAAAAGCCUUAAUUAAUAUGGGCCAAGGGCUCUCUGAAGCCUGAUCCUAGCAAGUUUUCCGAACUUCUCUGCCAAAAACAUUUCCUCAAACAGGACGGCUUUUCCAGCCGUCUGAAACACCUCAACAACGGAGGCAUGUGGGACACGUGCUUUGAAGGACAACUGCCAACAUUUCUUUUUAUUUAUUCAGACUGGAGCUCAUGUUGUUCUCUGAGCAAUAAUACGAUGGUGUUGUGUGAUUAUAUGAUUGCUUGGCUGCCAUAGCGAGUUUUUAAGCAGUGUAAAUCUUGACUGUUUAGACUGUUUGUUUGUAUCACAGUGCAAGUGACCAGUGGUGACAGCAGUGUUUGUCAAAGGGACAAUGUCAUGUGCUACAUCUCAGUAAGCACUACUGGUUAUAAAUGGCCCUUUACAAUGGAGUUCUUUAGAUGUAAACAGAUUUGCUGAAUAUGUCCAGUCAAACCAUUAAAAACGCUCUUAAGUCAGAUUCAGGGAAAUAAAACAUAUAGUAUAGUUGAUUUUAUUUGGAUCAGCAACUUCACCACAUUAAGAAGUCAGAGAAACUGUAUUAACCCUCCAAAUAAAUAUUAUUUGUAUAUGCUGUACACAACUAACAGGAUUUUCUAACAUUUUAUGUUGUUUCUUUAUAUAUUUACUACUUAUUCAUUUUUUCCCCCAAGUUCUUUCCAGCAGUGAGUGACUAAAUGAUCUACUGCUGUUUUUACGAAACACAUUAAACAAAGGUGCAAAGAAUUACACUAGAACACAUGUGAAGCUACAAAACUUGACCAUGCACUUUGAUUUAUCACCUCUAAAACACUGAAGUAUUCUGAGUCUUUUUCAUGGGCCUUCCUGCAUUGCAACACCUGCACAUCUGCAUAAAUUAACUCACGAAAUGUAAAGUGUUGUUAACGCUGCCAGGCAAACAAGUUGAAUAAAGUCAAUAUUUGAAUUUC